UCUGGUACCUCCACCAGCUGAGCCUUCUCUCCAGUGGAACCAGUGGAUCAUCCUGACGAUGAGGCUGCUCAUCCAGACCCUUGCCAUCUGCCUGGCGCUCUCUCUCAGCUUGGCAGCUCCCUCCCAUCAUGGUGACCAUCCUGCUGGAGAUGAACCUGCUAAAGACCAUUCCAAAGACCAUUCCAAAGACCAUUCCCAUGAUCAUGCCCAUGACCAUUCCCAUGAUCAUGACUCUCACCACCUUGACCGCUGCAAGCACAAUGAGUUUGAUGCUGUGAUUGAAAAUGCAGCAGGAAUCCCCUACUUCUUUAGGGGUGACCACCUGUUCAAGGGCUUUCAUGGUGAGGCUGAACUAACUAACAAAACCUUUCCUGAGCUGGAUGACCAUCUCCUUGGGCACAUAGAUGCAGCAUUCCGCAUGCCCCCAGAGGACAGCCCUGACCACCAUGAGCACCUGUAUUUCUUCCUGAAUGACAAGGUUUUUAACUAUGAAAAUCACUCGCUGGUGAAGGACUUUCCAAAACCCAUCUCUGAGGUUUUCCCUGGCAUUCCUGAUCAUAUUGAUGCUGCAGUGGAAUGUCACAAACCAGACUGCCCCAGCAACUCUAUCAUCUUUUUUAAGGAUCAUGAAAUCUUCCACUUCGACAUAAACACCAAGAAGGUGGAUGAGAAAGAGUUCAAAAGCAUGCCCAACUGCACCGGUGCCUUCCGCUACAUGGGUCACUACUACUGCCUCCAUGGCCACCAGUUCUCCAAGUUUAACCCUAAUACAGGCGAGGUGCAUGGAAAAUUCCCAAAAGAGAUUCGUGAUUACUUCAUGAAAUGCGACAACUUUGGUGACAAGACAGAGAAGGAACACAUUGAGAGAGAGCAGUGUAGUCAUGUUCACUUGGAUGCUAUCACCGAGGAGGAGGAUGGUGAUAUGUUUGCUUUUAGAGGUCACUACUAUCUUAGUAAAAUCGGAGGAAAGUUUCAUGCUGGCACUAUUGAGAGUGCCUUCAAAGGUCUGCACGGUGAUGUAGAUGCUGUCUUCUCACAUGGAGAUCACUUACACAUAAUCAAGGGUGACAAGGUGUUUGCCUUCAAAGUGGCACACAAACCUGGUGAGGAACACACAGCUCUUGAUGGCUACCCCAAAUCUCUGAAGGAGGACUUGGGCAUGGAGGGUCAUAUAGAUGCCACCUUUCACUGUGCUAAAGAUAACAUUGUUCAUGUUAUCAAAGAUCACACUGUCUAUGAUGUGGAUUUGAGUGCUACCCCUCAUGCCAUUGUAAAGCAGAGCCCAAUACCACACUUUAAAAAGAUUGAUACGGUUAUGUGUGGUGCAAAGGGUGUGACGGUAGUGGUGGGAGACCAUUUCUACCGAUACGGAAGCCCCAUGGCAAUGAUUACUUCCAAGAUCAUGCCAGCAGAACAUGACUUAACCCAUGAAGUGCUUGGCUGUCAUGAUGAACACCCCCAUGUAGAGCACCACAAUUAAAGGACUGCACACUAAUGGUUAUGCUAUGAAAAAUGCAACAUUCAGCAGGUUAAGUGCAUUGCACUGCAUUUGUUACAAUUGUCUCAGUUUUUUCCUACCUCUGGGUAUGUUUAACUAAGCAUUUUAUUUUACACAAACUAAAGCUAAAGGAUCUCUUUGCUGUUGCACUGUCAGGCAGCUAAAAAAACUGUGUUUAUUACAACAAGGCUUCAUCAGUGCUGUGUGUAGACCUGUGCACUUUGUGGCUGAUAAAUAAAAUGAAGUGAAAGCA